AUGGCCACUAGCGGUAAUGGUGGCCGACCAUUCCCAGAGGAUUUAGCGGUGGAUAUUCUACUCAGGUUUCCGAUGGAGUUCUUGUUCCAAUUCAAAUACGUCUGCAAGAAGUGGUACGAGAUAAUGAAGAGUUGUAGCUUCAUCAAAGAACACAUGAAUUGGAGGAACAAGAACAAGUCCCCUCAAAUCCUGAUUUAUGAUCAUAGUGCCCCAGAUAAUUCCCCUUCUAUCACUUUGAUUUCGGUUUCAGAUGCUGGCGUAAUUGAAAAUCCACCUGAUUAUCUCAAGGGCUUUAGAGGUAUUACGUACCUUUUAGGUUCUGUGGAUGGCUUAUUUUUGUUGAAGCAAGAAAUUGAUGGCAGCAUAUUCAACAUCUCCUUGUCAUUGUGGAAUCCCGCCACCAGGGAAGUGAGACCCCUUCUUGCAACCAAGUUCGAGCUUCAACAAUCUUUCAGACAAAUCGACCGUCAGUUUGGGUUCGGAUUAGACCCCAUGAAUAAUGACUACAAGGUUGUUUGGUUUCUGUCCUUCUGGGAUGACAUCAUAAAUCAAACUAUCCCUCGUUGA